GAUCUGAAACAACAAACACAAUGUACAAUUCCGUCUCAUGGCAACUUGUAUUGUUGACACGACUUCACCGCGAUUGUACGGCAAGCUCAGCGGGCGAGAAUGAGAGAGAAUCGCAUGCAGUGAAUUACGGAAACGCGCAUUAAAGUAUCGUCUAAAAACAAGUGACGUGUACAGGCUGUAGACAUCUGAUUUCAGCGAAUGGUAUAAGAGAUCUUCACAAAAUGGCAGAAACUAUGGUGAGACCGAGGCCGCUCGGCGAUCUACGACUUCAUCUUCAAGUAGAUACCAAUUCUGGAGCCAACAAUGUUCAGGAUAUAGUGAAAAAUCGGCGGCAACGGCUGAUGAAACUCCCAGUCUCGAGAGGACGAUUUGACGUGGCCAGCUUUCAAGAUCACAAAAAUUCUGGAUUUGUGAAAUAUAACGAUGACACCCUUGCUCCAAACCGAGACAAUUAUCCAAUCAUUGAUCCCACGAGUGGGUUCGUGUCGGUUGCGGCUGAUGUGGACAGAAAUACAGGGGUCUCGCAUAUCCCGAACAUGCAGCAAUCGGACAAUCCCCCGAACACGGUCACCCCGCUCUCGCCACGACCGACAACAACUCUUGCUUACAGGGACAAAGUGAAGGAGUCGAACUCCCAGAAUCCUUUGAGAGCCUCGGCCCCCGCUGCCUUACAGUCUGCCGACCCUCAGCUGCAGAAGACAAGACUUUUAAAUGAUCCUGGUACAUGGAAUAGCAAGAAGAUCAGUGAUGCCAUGAUAAGAGCAAAACUAGGAGGUUGGACAAGUGAUGCAGAUCCAAGAAAAAUAGAGAAAGAACAGGACCUUAUAUGGCAGCAGAUUCAUUCAAAAUCCAUUAAAAACCAGGCAAAUGUAAUUGACAAAGCCGAAGACUGGAAAGAUGAAGCAGCCCUAAGAUAUGUCUACUUGCCUUCUACACAGAGAUCAUACGAAGGUGUGAACUGGGAUGCCAAGUUAGCCCCUAAGGUCUUACCCCCAGCUACAACCCUGGAGAGACAACCUGACCCUGUCUCGCAUCGCUUCAGCGUCAACAAACGAUACGAGUCAGGUGCACAACCAUGGCAGAAUCUUGGAAGAUCAUUUGACAUGUUCCAGAUCAGAGAUGGAUUUCACAUCAAGGGACCCAUCGAGUUCUGCAGCCCCCACCGCAAGAACUACCAGAUUCCCAACUACACCGGUUUUGUUGGAGGUAUGGGUGAGAGAGACCACCCUCAGCAGUACUUCUUCCCUUCUGCUGUCCAGAGGACCAGUCUACCGUGGUACACAGACACUGCAAAUCGACCUAACAUUCCUGGCUAUACUGGUUGCACCCAUUGGAAGUCGGAGAAACCAGCUAAUGUGAAUGUACCCGUCCCACCACCACAGACUACAGCCAGAGUACACAGGAUUGAUAGAUACGACCCCAACCAGUCACCGUUCAAGAGGACGUCAAGGAUGUCCAAGAUGGUCACUUUGGUUCCGCCGUGCAACCCGUUCAACAAAGUGGACAACAAUGAGAGGACACUAGAACAGUAUAGAUAAAGGUGUUAACACCAA